AUGAGAGUCGCCCCCUGGUGCACCACUCUUCAUUACGACUCUGAUCUUCCUCCGACCUCCAUCAUCGUCACCUUCCACAACGAGGCCAGGUCCACCCUGCUGCGCACCAUCAGGAGUGUUCUGAACAGAACUCCAGUUCAUCUCAUCCAUGACAUCAUUCUGGUGGACGACUUCAGUGACGACGAAAGUGACUGUCAGCUUCUCACCAAACUGCCCAAAGUCAAAUGUCUACGCAACAACAAGAGAGAAGGGCUGAUCCGGUCCAGGGUCCGGGGGGCCGACGCCUCGAGGGCCGGAGUCCUGACCUUCCUGGACAGCCACUGUGAGGUCAACAAGGACUGGCUGCCCCCCCUGCUGCACAGGAUCAAACAGGACCCCACCUGUGUGGUCAGCCCGGUCAUCGACAUCAUCAACAUGGACUCCUUCGCCUACGUGGCGGCCUCCUCUGACCUGCGUGGAGGUUUUGAUUGGAGUCUCCACUUCAAGUGGGAGCAGCUGUCACCUGAACAGAGAGCUCGGCGGACCGACCCGACCCAGCCAAUCAGGACUCCCAUCAUCGCGGGCGGCCUCUUUGUGAUUGACAGGUCCUGGUUCAACCACCUCGGAAAAUAUGACACGGCCAUGGACAUCUGGGGCGGGGAGAACUUCGAGAUCUCCCCGGUGUCCACAGGCGGCAGCCUGGAGAUCCUCCCCUGCAGCCGGGUGGGUCACGUCUUCAGGAAGAAGCACCCGUACGUGUUCCCCGACGGCAACGCCAACACCUACAUCAAGAACACGCGGCGCACGGCCGAGGUUUGGAUGGACGACUUCCGUCUCUUUUACUACAGCGCUCGGCCUGCAGCGCGAGGGAAAUCCUACGGAGACGUUCGAGGCCGAAUAGAACUCCGCAAGAAACUCAAGUGCAAAUCCUUCAAGUGGUACUUGGACAACGUCUACCCGGAGCUCAAAGUCCCGGAUGACUCCGCCUCCCGCUCCGGGGUCAUCAAGCAGCGGCAGAACUGUCUGGAGUCCCGUCAGCCGGAGGGCCAGGAGCCGCCCGUCCUCACGCUGGCGCCCUGCGCCGGAGCCGAGGCGCCCGCCGCCAACCAGGAGUGGGCGUAUACUCACGGGCAGCAGGUGCGGCAGCAGCAGCUCUGUCUGUCUCUGUCCUCCACCUUCCCCGCCGCCCAGGUGCUGCUGCUGCCCUGCAACAUGGCCGACGGCAAGCAGCGGUGGGAGAAGUCGGGCACUCACCUGGAGCACCUGGUCUCUCGGUUCUGCCUGGACUCGGAGAUGGCGCUGGACGGGAUGGACUCGUCCCGCAUGCUGGUCAUCAGCCCCUGUGAACUGAGCGCCUACACACAGAGAUGGGAAGUGCCCUUCUCCUGACCCCUGGAGCCCGUGACCUCCGACCCCUGUGACCUUUGGGUUUACUGAAGGUGUACUGGAGGUCCAGAGGGUCGUUGGAGGAGGAGACGGACUGGAGAACCGUGGAGAGGUUUUGGGGGAAGAGUCGAACCAAGUGCACCGUAAAACCCCAGAACCAGAACCCCGGACCCCCCGGACCCCGUCUCAAACAGUCCAGAGGGCCAGAAACUUUACUCGAAGGGGGAAAAAAUUAAAAAAUUAAAAAUCUGAGAAUGUUUUUUUCUUGUAAUUGUUUGCAACAGACUGUCUAUUUUUUAUUUUUUUGGUGGAGAAUGUUUAAUAAUAUAUAAUAAUUAUUUAUUUUAUAUAGCGCUUCUCAAGGCACCCGAAGUCGCUUUACAGAGUCCAGAAUAAUCCGGUAAAUAAAACCACGCACAACUUUUACUUCAUCAAAGUGUUUUUGUCCUGAGACGAUGAAAACAUUCAUCCUGAACGUCUCAUGAUCAGAACAGGAAGUGGAAGUCGGUCCUCUCGUCACCUGAAAGAGGGGUAAUAAUAAUAAUAAUAAUAAACAUGAGUGAAGGGCUACAGGAGGCAGAGAGAGCAUCUGUCUUUUUUUAAAUUAUUAUUCUUGUGCAUGUUUGGAGGAUUUGAAAAAUGAUAAUGUUGCUUUGUUGCUUUGUUGUUUUUAAAGGAACACAGUGUAAACUCUUGAUGCUUUUAUUUUGGAGGGGCUACUGGUUUUUUUUGUUUAAAAAAACAACAGGGUUUUAUUCAUUUAUUUGGAGACAGAUUCUCUGUUCCUGUGUUUGAAGUCGUCCGGUUUGAUAUCCUGUUUGGCUCCUGAAUAAAGAUUUUAUAACAUAAA